AUGUGGCUCCAAUUUGUAAUUCUCUUAUUGGUGAAAAACGCUUUUUCGUUGGAAGUGACCCGCUUCACGAACGUCGAGUGCGAGAUGUUGGAUCCAUCAUAUGCUACCUUCGAGCAGUGUGAACUUAAAAUACUUGGUCGUGGGAUCAUUGGCUUGAACAUAUAUGCUAAACUGAACAAAGGACCCUUUAACAAUGCCAAGAUUAAUAUCAGUCUUUGGCGAAAGUUUAAUGGUUAUCGUCCAUUUAUUUUUAAUAAGACAUUCGAUUUUUGUAACUAUAUGAAAAACCCAAAUGGGAAAUUGUCAUUUGAAAAAAUAUUUCUGGACAGCAUCUUUACUAACUCAAACUUAAAUCACUCCUGUCCAUUUGAUGUGAGCCAAAAUGUGUGA